AAAAAUGAAGGAUCGUCUUGGGGCACUCAAAGCGGUCCAAUCAGAAGAAGAACACGAAGAUGUUGCUGCAGCAAUGGAGGCUAGUCAAAGCCAAUUUAUGGAAGAAUUUUUUGAGCAAGUUGAGGAAAUUCGUGGAAGUAUUGAUUUAAUUGCUUCGAAUGUUGAAGAAGUAAAAAAGAAACAUUCUGCGAUUCUUUCAAAUCCUGUGAAUGAUCCAAAAACCAAAGAAGAAUUGGAUGAAUUAAUGGCAGAGAUUAAGAAGACUGCAAACAAAGUGCGGGGAAAGCUUAAAUUAAUUGAAAACAGUAUAGAACAUGAUGAAAGUGGAGGAAUGACUAGCGCUGAUUUGCGUAUUCGAAAAACACAACAGGCCACUCUUUCAAGAAAAUUUGUUGAAGUAAUGACGGAUUAUAAUAAAACACAGACAGACUAUAGAGAGCGUUGUAAAGGAAGAAUUCAGAGACAAUUGGAUAUUGCGGGUAAAAAAGUUGGCGAUGAAGAUCUUGAAGAAAUGAUUGAAUCUGGAAAUCCUGGUGUUUUUACUCAAGGAAUAAUUACUGAUACACAACAAGCAAAACAAACAUUGGCCGAUAUUGAGGCUAGACAUAAUGAUAUUAUGCGAUUAGAAAGCAGUAUUAGAGAAUUACAUGAUAUGUUUAUGGACAUGGCAAUGCUUGUUGAAUCUCAGGGUGAAAUGGUUGACAGAAUAGAAUAUAAUGUGGAACAUGCAAAAGAAUUUGUAGAUAGAGCUGUGGCCGAUACAAAAAAGGCUGUUCAAUAUCAAAGCAAAGCGAGAAGAAAAAAAAUCAUUGUAAUCAUCUGCGUGCUUAUUCUUCUUGCUAUUGCAUGUCUCUUUAUACUUUCUUUUGUGCCAAAUCCAUUUUGAUGUCAUCAGAGGAGAUG